AUGGUCAAAUUCAAAACUGCCAUAAAGAAUGUUUGCUCCAGGCUUCCUUACAAACCAGUUACAUCAAGCAAACGCGACCAAGUCAUCCUUAGCUCCUGCUUUCAUGGAACCAUUCAAGAGCGUCUCACAUUCAACCAAUGUGCUUUUGCAUUGGUCAUACCACAACUCAUGAGAAUAUUUGGCUGCAUUGGAAAUUACCACCAUGGUACUUUACGGAAUAGAAGCACAAAUUUGAAAGUUGAUGAAUGGCCUGUAGCUGCUAUAGCAGCAGCGCGUAAGAUUCAUAGUGCUCCUGCAUUUUGCAACAGGAUUGCACAAUGGAGAGGAAAGGAGCAUCACUUAGAGAAGAGCAAAGACAGAACAAGCCUUGAGAAUAGAAGAAGGAUUUCGCAACAUGGCAAGAACUCUUCCAAUCUCAGCUUAAUGAAAAACAGAAACGCAGAGACUUCAGAACAAGAUCAACAGUUUGUUGUUCACUUGCAAUCCCAUAACAAGGCUGUGAUGCCACCAGCUGCUGCUAUUGCUUCUCUAUUUUUGUCAUCAAAUGAUAAAUUUCAUAGAGCACCAACAGCUUCUUGCUUGGUAGAUCUAGCAAGAUUUACAAGAGCAUGGACGCCACCUGCCACUGCUACUUCCAUGUUACAGUUCUCACCAGCCGCCAAAUUUGCCAGCGCUCCAGCUGCUCAUUCCUGA